AUGGUUAUAGUAGAAAAACUCCGUUUUCUUUCACCGUUAUUAAUAUGUUUAUUUAUCUAUACAAUUCAACCAUUAAUCGUUCACGCACAACAGUCGUAUGGAAAUGACGCUACAAGCUUACCAGACGUGCCAGUAAAGUGGACAUGUAAUGGGACAGAUUUGGAUAUUCGAGCUUAUGAUGGAACUUGUAAUAAUCUUGAAAAUUCAAAUUGGGGAGUUCCAAAUAGGGUUUAUGAUCGAGGAAAUUUUUCUGCAGUUUAUAAAGAUAACUUUACUGGUGAACCUAUAAUAAGGAUAGAUGCUAGAAUGAUUUCAAACACGUUAUGUGAUAGUGGUCAAAGUCCUGUAUUCUCUGGAAGCCCUUUGACUGAUGAUAUUUUAUCCUCAACGCGAAAUUCAAUGUUCGAAGUCGUAAGUAUUGAAAAUAAUACUAAUAACGCUGCUCUUCAAAACGGGCCACGAUUUGCGAUAGGCGACGUUACUAAUGAUAAGAUCUUUAGUAAUGCAUCAAGAAGUUUAUUUAACCCUUCUCAAACACCACACAUGAUAUUAUCGCUCUCAUGGGGUCGUAUAGUAAAUUCCACUUUAUAUCCAGUCAAUUUUGCUAAUUCUUACCUCGACCUAUCAACAAUAUAUGGUGUUGAUAAUGCUACAGCGCGAAAACUUCGAACUCUUAAAGAUGGCAAAUUAGUUACUGAAGAUUUCAUAGGAAAUGGUGGUGCUUAUAACACUGCACUAAAUAACGUAUCUAUAAAAAAUUUUGCACCAGCUUCUGGCAAAGUAGGUCUUUUUCCUCAUCUUUUGCCGCCAGAAAUUAAAGUAGAUGAUGGGCUUGUUAGUGGCGACUUGCGUUGUUCAGAAAAUAUUCAAUUGUGCAUUAUGCAUACAAUUUGGAUUCGUGAACAUAAUUAUUGGGCGGAAAAAAUAGCACGUGAAAGACCUGAAUUGACAAACGAUGAGGCUAUUUUUCAAUAUGCUAGAAAAAUAGUAAUUGGAGAAUAUCAACAUAUAAUUUUUGAAGAAUAUUUACCCUCAGCGCUUGGUGUUGAAAUGCCACCGUAUUCGGGUUAUGACCCAACACUAAAUCCUGACACGACAAUUCAUUUUGCUGGUGUUGCAUUCAGAUAUGGUCAUUCAAAUACUCGACCAUAUGAUCUCAUCGACGGAUGUACUGGUCAAUCCUUUGAUCCUCAUCCUAGUUUUAAAUUCCCCGAGUCUCAUUUACAUCGGCUUUAUUUUAUGGGUAAAGCUGUUAGAAUCCCAACACCAUCUCCAGGUUUAAACUAUACUGAUGGAUUGCUUGAUUAUACUCCCGUUAGAAUUUUAACUUUAGCUUCAGGAAAAAAUGGAGAUGGUGUUGAUAAUAUAAUCAUUAGCAUGUUGAGAGCAAGAUCUGCGGAGUUCGAUUUAGAAUUUUCAAGUACAUUACGAAACAUGCCUGGUGUUAUUGAUCUGGCAGCCGUAGAUAUUGCUCGAGGUCGUUUUCUCGGUCUUCCGGAUUAUGACACAUUCCGUGCUGUAUAUCAUCCUGCGGGAAGCAUUUACAGCAAUCCAAAUUGUACUCGAUCAGGCGCGCAAGAUUCUGUGGACUGCUUUAAUAUCAUUACUAAUAACAUAACAAUUGCGACAAAAUUACAAAAAAUUUAUGGUAAAGUCAAUCGGAUAGAUGCAUUCAUUGGAAUUUUUGCUGAGAGUAAAGAUGAAAACGCUCCUUUACCACCAACAAUUACCGCAAUGAUAAGAGAAGAAUUUCUUCGAAAAAGAAUUUCUGAUAGAUUUUGGUAUGAAGGAUCAAAAUAUACAACUGAUGAAAUUGAUUUGAUUAAACAAGCUACCAUGAGAGAUAUUAUUAUGAGGAAUACAGGAGUUCGAAAUAUACAAGAUAAUCCAUUUAAAUCAGAUGAUUUGGGCAAUGAUGGGUUCGACAGUGUUCCAGGCCUUUUAGCCUUGUCCUGA